GAUGAAAACUGAUAUUACAAUUAACAAUGAAAUUGUUUAUAAGAGACUAACCAUUUAUCAUGACAAAACAUACAAAAUCUACAUACAUCAAAACAAUGUUACAUCAUCUAUUUCUAAUUCAAGUGUCCCAGCAAAGCUGGACACUGAGGCUCUUAUCAGAUCUAUUCUAAGAUUCAUAGAAAAGAUGCACAUAUGUCCUGGUUUUGUUCAGGAAAACUCUAUAAAUGAUGUUUCAAACUUGUCACAUGAAUGCUACAAUCAAGAGGGGUAUAUAGAUUCCACACGAUAUAGAAGUAAUAAUUGUCACUAUGUUUCCAAAACUAUGGCGCCUACUGCAAGAUGGACAGAAAAAUGCAAGGAAUGUGAAAAGGAAAAGAAUAAACUUCGUUGCAAGUUAAAACGAAAAAGAAAAAGAGAUAAAAACCCAAAGGGCAUUAAUGAGAAAUUUAUAAAUUGUGCCUUGAGAGACAAUGACACCAAUUUAAAACUACUCAAGAUUAAGCAACAGCAGCAUAGAAUUGCAACAAGAAGCGCCACAUAUCAUAAACAGAAACACAAAAUCCUUAAAAACAAACUUGUGGAACUCUCUGAUGCAGAUCAUAGAGAUCUUCGUUCUAUUGUUGCUCAUAUCAAGACGCAGAAUGCUGACAUCAAUUUGUACCCAAAUGAUGAGAAGAAGCAAAUAAUGUUAGAACAACAACUUCUACAUACAAAUGAGAAAAACAACAAAUGGGAGCCUCAGUUGAUAGAAUUCUGCUUGCAAAUAUGGCAUCGGUCAAAAGGUGCAUAUGCAGAUAUACAUGGCAGUGGGUUUUUGACACUCCCCUCUGGUCGCCAUCUCCGUCUUAUAUCCAACAGGAAUCGUCAGAAGCCAGGGGUCAAUUCAGGAACUCUUGCACACAUGAAGGCCAGUGCUGUGGCCCGGGAACUCCCUCCACAUGGUUAUACAGGCAUCUUGCUCUUUGAUGAAAUGAUGAUCCAGGGUUCUUUGGAGAUGGUGAGAAAGGGCAGUCAGUACCAACUGUGUGGGUUAGUUGAUCAGGGCCAGUUUCAUAAAGACAUGGUAAAUCUACAGAAAGGUUCUGAUAUAUUGGAAACAGCCUCCCAUAUACUUCAGUUCAAGUUUCUUUCGAUAGAGAAAUUUGUCUACCCAGUAGCAUGGUGGCCAACCAAAAACGUGGAUCCUGAAUCAUUAUUUACACAUCACUGGGACUGUGUGAGUGGACUGCUAGAGUAUGGGUUCUCUACUAGAGGCAGUCUAUGUGAUGGAGGCCAGGCGAACAGAGAUUUCAUCAAAGCUCAUUUCAAAAAUGAAGAUGAUGUCAUUGAAUGCCAAUUUACUACAAAGAAUCUCUACACUGGCGAAGAUUUUGUUUUCAUAAUGGACCCAUCACAUCUGUUCAAGAAAAUUAGAAAUGGAGUCAGCAAAUCAUAUGUGACUAAUUCCCCGAGGCGUUAUGAGAUAGAUGGGAAGAUGAUUCUUUGGUCUCAUUUUAAAGAGGCAUACACAUUUGACAAAUCAUCCACAGCAAUCGCAACAAAUAGAAGACUAACUGACACUCAUUUCAAUCCAAGCUCAAAAGAAAAAAUGCGAAACCACUUAGCAUAUGAGGUCUUGGACAAAGACAUGCUGUAUCUCAUGCAGCUUUACUCAAAGUCUACCAGUGAGGUAGAAAUGACGGUUGAGUUUCUUAAACAGACAAGCCUACUCUUGAAGAACUUUCUCAGUCCAUCUCCAAUUUUGACUAAAUCUGAUGUGCGGCUAGCAGAAAAUGAUGCAAUUCUUCAAUGGUUUACAAUGUGGAAAGAGAAAACAGCGGGAUUGACGAAAUACACACCGAAAGAACGUGCAAAGGCAUUCUUACCAGACAAGACCUUCUUUGACCUUCAGUCCUAUGUGCUAGGCUUCAAACGAUACUGUCAUAUGAUUAUUGAUACACACAAUGGAGCUGGUGCCAUCCCAAAACAAACUAAUCAAGACAGAUUAGAGAACCUGUUUGGUAUAAUCCGGGCAGCAAAUGGUCAAAACAAUAAUCCAACUGUAGCAGGAUAUGGUCCAUCUCUCAAUGCAGCUGUACAGAUGGGAGAAUACAGGUGUAAGCGAGGAAAUGCGUCUUAAAACUGUACCUGAGAGUGAGAUAUUCUGAGAUUGUCACAGCAGGGGCUGAUGAACACUAUCUUGUCAUCUUAAAAUUGCGUGGACCUGAAAUCACAAAAGACAAUAUGGAUUAAUAACAAAGACACAUGAUAUGAAUGUUAUGUAAUUUGAUAAACAAUUGUAUAUCAUAGUUAUUUAGUUAAUACUGUAGAUUGAGUUAAUUUUGCUGGACUUAAUUUGGCAAUUUUACCAUAUUCCAUAUUGGCUUACUUGACAUGGCAGCUAAUUAAUUUGCCAGACCCUGGAGCUCUUACACCACAAAUUCAUAUACAAGUUACAAACAGGUUUUAUUAUUCGGUCAAAAUUAGAAGUGACUUAAUGCACAGGUCAAAGUCCAAGUAAAAAAUGUUCUUGGUAAAAUUUGGGCGAAAGAUACAAAUUGGCAAUUUCUUCUAUUUCGCCAAAAUAUUAGUUGCUCUUAAAUGACUCACUUCCAAAGUGUG